UCCUCCUUCAUUUCUCGUGUUGACAUUUUCUUCGAUAUAGCGACCAAAAAUCCCGUCCAGGCUAGUGCUCGUCAGCUACAAUGUCCGAAAAACAUGAGUAUAAGCCCUUAAUGGGCGAAGAAACAAGUGAAGAAAUCCAAGGCCUCGAAAACCAAUAUCCUACGAGCACAGCAAAAGCAACUAAGCGGUCGAAUCGGUUUAACAUAAUUCUAAUAAUACUCAUUGCCCUCUCACUUUCUCUAAAUAUCUUACAGAUCAGCCUCUACAAGGUGUUACUCUCACAUAAUGCUCGGUGCGAGUCUGAGACACACCGCACAAAGUAUGCCGGGUUAAAAGAAGGCGAAAUUGAUGUGUUUUGGAACCAGAAAGGCGCCUACACAGACCCCGACGAUGAUGUACGGGAUCGCCUUUGGGAUAGUCUGGACUUCGACCCGGGAGUUGUCGCCGUACCUAAGUCGUGGGCGGUGGAGAAAGGCUUGGAUGAAGGCGCAACCUUUCCUUGGGAUUCUAGCAAAUCUCUCUAUUUCGUGAACGCUUAUCACAGCUUACACUGCAUCAAACAAGUUUAUCGAGCUUUCAGAGACUACCGAAUGGGAAACCCUCCGUCGAUAUCGAACGGACACGUAGUCCACUGCUUAGACCAGCUGCUCGCGGAUAUUAAGUGCCAAGCGGACGACACGCUCCGCGCCACAAACGUUUCGACUCCUCAUAACUCGGCCGUAUAUCAAACGCAUAAGUGUCGCAGCUGGGACGCAUUAGAGAAAUGGACGCAGACUUAUCCGAGCUGUUACCGCUACGGAAACGGCACCUUCGAGGACAAUCAGCCAAGCCAGCUUCCGAGAUUUAGGUUCUGUCAGGAGGGUACCCCUGAGUUGGAAAAGGCCCGGAAGUAUUUUGGAAAAGGGGAGGAUUGGAAGCCUAUCGAAGAAAAGAAAUUUAGCUGGUUUGAUUGAGAAGGUAUAGGCCUACAUAUGCCAAAUCAAGCUUGUUCGCCAACUAAGUUCGGAUAUGUGAUCAAAUACCGCAUCUAAUACCCUCACCUAAUACCCCAAUUCCCAUAUAUCCCCCUGGCCUUACCUUAAAUUCAAAACCAUACCGUACCUAAGUAGACGGCCAUUGGCGGGUGAUCCUACCUCCAUCUAGC